AUGGCAGUUAGCAAUUCUGUAGCGACAACGGAGAGCUUGUACGAGUUGUUAGGGAUUCCUGUGAGCGGUAGUCACGACGAUAUCAAGCGUGCCUACAAGCAGCUCGCGAGGAAGUACCACCCCGACGUCUCGCCACCGGAUCGUUCGGAGGAGUACACGCAUCGCUUUAUUCUGGUGCAGGAAGCUUACGAGAUUCUCUCGGAUCCUGAAUGUCGUGCCCAGUAUGAUCGCUACCUUGCCAGUGGCCUCCACUUUGCUUUCUCCGCCCGAAGGCAGCUCGAUGAGGAGCUGCGGGGGAAAUCUCGAUGGAAAAAUCGCUGGCAGCAUCAGCUUGUAGAGCUGAAGAGGAGGAGCAUGAUUAAGAAUUCAGGCGGCAAUCUCUCUUGGGGAGCUCGCAUGCGGAAACAAAGAGCUGAUUCUUCAGCAGAUUUGCCUUCUUCUUCUCAAUCAUGUCCUGAAGCUCCAUCCCAAGCUUGGAUUCAGCAGUUAUAAGCUAAGGCUGUGGAUUUCAAGUUCAAUUUUUAUGAAGAAAGAGGAAAGGUCAAAUGUCUCAUAAGUGCCAAAUUAUGAUGGUGGUUUUUACAGGAUGAGAAGCUGAAAUAGUUAUGCAAUUUUCUUUUGACAUUACUGCUAACUAAAGUACCCUUUUAGGCUUUGAUGUCUAUAUUGUAAAUAUAUAUCUGUUUUCAUUCUCUCUGUCACAUAUGUUACUAUGUUCUCAACAUUUCUGUGAACUGAAGAAAUCAUUUCAUGAUGGGAGCUUUCUAUAUCUUA